AUGUUCGCUAGCAAGCGCUUGAGCAAGAUGAAAGAGCACGUACCACCGGGAAUCUCGAUCGCCAAAUCCGACAACCUAGAAGAAUGGCAGAUGGAUAUCAAAGUCCUCGACGACAACCCAAUCUACAAGGGUCACACCUACAGGUUGAAGUUUACGUUCUCAAACAAAUACCCGAUCGAACCGCCCGAAGUCCAAUUCAUCGAACUCCCUACUACCUCGGAUACCCCUCGCCCGAUCCCUAUGCAUCCCCACAUCUACAGUAACGGCAUCAUCUGCCUCGACCUCCUCAGUUCCUCCGGCUGGUCCCCCGUUCAAACUGUCGAAAGUGUGUGCAUGAGUAUCCAGAGCAUGUUGACUGCAAACUCGCGUAACGAGCGACCCCCGGGUGAUAGCGAGUUCGUGGCGUACAAUCGUCGGCGAAUUCGAGAUAUCCCGUUCGUUUAUGAGGAUGAUAACGUUUGA